CAUUGACCUCUUCCCCAAGCUAAAAAAAAAACGAUUACUGGGCUACACUUGCCACCUGAAUCCGCCCCUUCGCCAAAAGGAGGAGAAGCAGAGGCACGAACCCGGAACCCAGCCCGCGCCGCCGCCCUCUCCGAUCGCCUCUCCCCCGCCGAUCUGUUCCCAAGAGGGCCCGCGUCCCAGCCGGAGUAGAUCCAUGGCGCUUGCGUCGAGGCUGGCGCAGCUGCAGGCGAAGGCGUGCGAGGCGACGCGGUUCGUGGCGAAGCACGGGUGCGCGUACCAGCGGUCGCUCGUGGAGAAGAACAAGAAGUACGUCGUGGAGCCCCCCACCAUCGAGAAGUGCCAGGAGCUCUCCAAGCAGCUCUUCUACACCCGCCUCGCCAGCAUUCCUGGUCGCUACGAAGCGUUCUGGAAAGAGCUUGAUCAAGUGAAGCAGCUGUGGAAGAACAGGAACGACCUCAAAGUUGAGCACGCUGGCGUCGCGGCACUCUUCGGCAUCGAGUUGUACGCGUGGCUCUGCGCCGGGGAGAUCGUUGGCAGAGGAUUUACUCUCACAGGAUACCACGUCAUUGAGGCCGAACCCGCGGCGGCUGAUCGGGGAACACCUCGCCGUCCGGCGACUGCUCCGGGCGCCAAGUUACUGGGACUCAUGUUCUCUGCCGCUCGCCGACUCCUCCCCUCCCGCGCCCGCGCCUUCGCCUUCGCGGCGGCCAAGUGGGUUCCUCCCUCCUCCUCGUACUCCCACUCCGCGGCGGCGUCGCCGUCGCGGCCUCGGUUCCCGACGCCCAAGGAGAUCCGCCGAGGCUUGGACGAGUUCGUCGUCGGCCAGGACAAGGCCAAGAAGGUGCUCUCUGUUGCUGUGCACAAUCACUACAAGAGGAUAUAUAAUGAGCCAUCAAACAAGUGCUUGGUGCGUGGCGAUGUUGGUACAAGUGGGGAUGAUGAAAUUGAGCUUGAAAAGAGUAACAUCCUUCUGAUUGGGCCAACAGGGUCAGGUAAAACACUAUUAGCAAAAACAUUAGCUCGCUAUGUGAACGUGCCAUUCGUGAUUGCUGACGCAACAGCAAUUACACAGGCUGGAUAUUCUGGGGAAGAUGUGGAAUCUGUGAUUUACAAACUUCUAGUGGCUGCUGACUUCAAUGUUGAAGCUGCUGAGCGUGGUAUUGUGUACAUUGACGAAGUUGAUAAGCUCACAAAGAAGGCUGAAUGCCGUGAGGACAGAAGGGAUGUCUCUGGAGAGGGUGUGCAGCAAGCAUUAUUAAAAAUAUUCGAAGGAACAGUCAUCAAUGUGCCAAGAAAAAGAAACCAAGAUAAUGUACCCCAUGGUUAUGUUGAGGUAGAUACAAGAAAUAUCCUUUUUAUCUGUGGAGGUGCCUUCUUCGGCUUGGAAAAGAUAAUCUCUGAAAGAAAUCAACACUGUCCUGUUGGAUUUGGCAUACCGAUAUGUCAUGAGCUGCGGAACCGCGGCUGGACAACACUUCAGGAAUCUUGCUAUAUUGAUGCUGUUGAAAAUGAUGAUCUAAUUGCCUACGGCUUGAUCCCAGAAUUCAUUGGAAGGUUGCCAAUAAUAGUUAGCCUGACAAACCUCAGUGAAGAACAAUUGGUCCAGGUGCUCAGGGAGCCAAAAAAUGCAAUAGGAAAGCAAUACAAGAAGUUGUUCAAAAUGAACAAUGUCAAGCUGCAUUUCACUGAAAAUGCUUUGCAUCUAAUAGCAAAGAAAGCAUCUGCAAAAGAAACGGGGGCUCGUGGGCUACGAUCUAUAAUGGAGGACAUUUUGACAGAAGCAAUGUUUGAGAUUCCUGAGGCAAGGGAGGGAAAAGAGAAGAUAAUUGCUGUUCUUGUCGAUGAAGAGUCCGUAGGGCCAUUGCACCAUCGGGGAUGUGGAGCCAAAAUUUUCCAGGAUGAUGGAGCCUUGGAAAUGUAUGUUUACCAGAACAAUAUCAAGCUUCCCGGGCUAAUUCAGAGCAACCCCAGCCGCCGUCGGAUUUUCCGGUUCUGCCUACUAGUCGCAUUAUCGGCGACUAAGCUCUGGAUUUACCAGACAUUUCCUUGUUUUUCAUCGAUAUAUGAAUGGAUUGUAUUGAUGCUGUGCAAGGCCAACAUUUUUACACAAUGAAAUAUAACAAGAUUUUAUUAUCGUGCCA